CUUUAGCUCAACUGCAGCAACUACAACCAUCACCAACCCUAGAAAGAUGUCACAAACCAAUGAAAGCUCAAGAACCCCAAUACGGAGCAACUGGACCACUACAAUGAAGAUCAGCUCAAAAAUCAAACCAGGCAGAAACCCCACAUUAGGACAGGAACUAAAGCCAGAUGAAAAACCUAAACUUGGCCUUGGGCCUUCAGACAGGAUGCCAAAUUCUGACUCUGAUCUUAAACCUGGCCGAGCCUCUUUAACUGACCCAGGGGCAAAUGAUCAAACGCCACUGCCUUUUCAUGAAAAACCCACAGUUAGGAUUAAACUUAAUCCAGCCCCAAAAUUUAAACCAGGCAAAAUUUUGAAAUCUAACAAUCAUCCUCUUUCUGAUCGUGGGACAAUAACUGACCAAAACUCAAAGGACAACAAAAAAUCUAACAGUGGCCAAAACCAUGCCACUCGUCAACAGUAUAUACCCACCCCAAAGCCAAAAUACCAUCAAAAGCCCAUGCCUACUCAGAAGAGACCCGUACCUCAUCAGAGGCAUUUAGCUGUCAUAAAAACUGUUUCUGACCAACUGCCCAACUCUGGCAAAGAUCCUGUAAGUGAUCAAGAGCCCACAUCUGGUUACCAUUCCACAUCUAGUCACAGACCUGGAACCACAAAUCCUCACAAAACCACUAAGCCUAACCAAAGGCUAAAAUCUGACCAAAAAGCUAAACCUUACCAAAUGUCUAAUUCUAACCAUGAUUACACACCUGAUCAAGAGCCUGAACCGCAGAAAGUCCUUGCAUCUAGCCUCACCCAAAGAUUUGACCAAAAGCCUUCAACUGAUGUGAGGCUGAAGUUUGAUCGAGAUCCUUUAUCUGAAACGGAGCCUAAAUCCCACUCAAUACCAGACUCAAAGCCGGAACCUGGUCAUUCUUCCAUACCCCCUUUUCAUAAGCAUAAACCCACCAAAAAGAUACCUAAGGCUGACCAAAGGCCUGGUCCUGACCAAAGGACUAUAAGUAACCCAAGAACAAAACCAGAGCCAAUGUUUAUAAUUGAUCAUGGCCAACAUCAUGGUCAUGAUGAUCAUGGUCAACAUGGCCCGAUGUCUAAGUUUAACAAAAAAUAUUUACGCCCCAAACUGUCAAUGGACCAAACAAGUGAAUCAGGUGUAAAAUCUAAACCUGGCCAGGGUUCUGCACCUAACCAAGAUCCUAAUUCUGACAAAAGCCUUAAAACCACGAGUCCUGACCAAAUGCCUCAGCCCAACCUUGAAACUCUACCUGAUCGAAGCCCCGAUCAAGUAUCACUCACAAAACCCAAUCCCAGACCCACACCUAGACAUUGGCCACCAAAAAGACCAAGACCGCAUCAGGGAGCAACGCCACUUUUAAAGCCAAAGCCCAAAGUGAAGCCGAGAAAAAGUCCAAAGACAACGUCUUUUGAUUUUUCGCCAAGCAGGGCAACAGAUGGCAUCCGAAAACACCAACCUGAGAUGCCAUUUACUUUAAGGCCUUUAAAAGGGGCAAGUGAGCUGGAUCUUCUUUCCCAAGAAGACAGAGAGAGCAGAUCUGGGAUGAUUAAGACUGUCAGCCUGAGCACAAAGACCUCUAAAAGCCCCUUUCUGGAGGUGGGUCUCCCACAUCACCAUCGUGUAGGCUUCACAUCUGGCUCCAACAGCUGGAUCACAUCCAACUUAAAAACAACCACUCAGCCAUCCAUUAUCCCCAAAACCACUAUAUCAAGUGCACGGUCUAGGAAUAACAUUUACCAAAAAACUAUCCCUGGCACCAGUCCUGACACAAGCCCAACAAAACCAUCAAUUCAUCUGGUUACUGAUAGGGACCCACACUUAAAGACUAGGGUCAAUCUAACUCCACAGGGAACAGAACCAAGCCCAGCUACCAAAGCAGAAAAAAUGACAUCCCGGUAUAGCCAAAUCCCUUCCAACAAGCCUCAAAUGAUGUCCACCUUCCACUCCAGACUCAACUCUGACCCCAAUGCAUCAACCUCGGCCACCUCCAACCCUGAACCCCCAACUACCGACCCCAUUCCUGACUUCUCUACCCCCAGUCCACGAGAGCUGCGUGUAAAGAUUAACCAGGUGACUGCCUUCCUGGGUAACAGCUUGGACAAAAGUAGAUGGCCACAGGACAAACAUGUGGGGAGUCGUCCAAAGGGAGAGUCUGAAGGCUAUCAGGAGAGCAGCAAUGCCAACAGGGCAGAAAGCCAACUCCAUUCACUGAAAUCACCGGAUGUUGCCAUGGCAAGGGACUGCUCUGAUCAUACGAUCAGGAGCAAGACAAAAAACGUCAUUUAUCAGGUGACCCCUGACCCCCGCAACAGAACCUUCCUCGUGCUCUGUGACAUGGAGACGCAUGGUGGUGGCUGGACCCUCAUACAGCAGCGCAAAGAUGGAAGUGUGAGCUUCAACCGGACCUGGGCUGAGUACCGAACGGGCUUUGGGCAUCUGAACGGAGGGGAGUUCUGGCUGGGUAAUGACAACAUCCACCUCUUGACCCGCACCAGGGACAUGAUCCUCCGGGUGGAGCUGGAGGACUUUGGGGGGGUGAGGGAAUUUGCAGAGUAUGGGCAGUUUAGGGUGGCCAGUGAGCGCAUGCGCUACCGCCUGACAGUAGGAGGUUAUUCGGGCUCGGCGGGUGAUGCUCUUCGCUUCAGCGACAGUUAUGACCAUAACAACAGGGCCUUCACCACUCCAGACAGGGACCAUGACCGCUACCCAUCUGGCAACUGUGGGGCCUACUACAGUUCGGGCUGGUGGUUUGACGCCUGCAUGGCAGCAAACCUCAACGGGAAAUACUAUAUGGGAACGUACAAAGGAGUACGCAACGGAAUAUUUUGGGGGACAUGGCAUAACAUGUCAACAGAGUAUUAUCCUACCAAUGACAGACAAUCUUUUAAAACUGUCAAAAUGAUGAUCAGACCUAAGGGCUUUGCUCCAUGAGCUGGUUUUGCCCUGACUCAAUAGGCAUGCUCUGACAGGGAGUGAAACGUGUUUUGUUUGGUUUUGUUUUGCUUGGUUUUGUUUUUGUGUGUAUGUGAGUAAAGGCUAUUUGUAACAGAUUACUUCAGCGGAGAGUCAGAACUUGGCUUUUAGCUUCUAGUAAGUACGCCCAAUGUGUUAUGCAAAACUAGUAAAACAAUACUGCCGCCUUUUGGUGACAUACUAUACGCAACUUUCAGUAGACUUUUGAUGAGCUUAAAGGGAAGGGUGAAGCAAAUGAAAGUGAGAACGGGUGUAAGUUACUUAUCCAUCCAUCAUCCUGCUCUCAGGGUGGCGCGGACGCUGCAGCCUAUCCCAGCAGUCACUGGGCGGCAGGCGGGGGACACCCUGGACAGGCCGCCAGGCCUUCACAGGGCCACAAGCUAGUUAGUUAUUCCUAUCCAAAGGGGUAUCUUCACAUUAUCUUAUUGAUGUUUCUGAAUAUUGUUGUUGGAAGCAGAUGAUCAACAAGAAAGAGAAAUCUGCUUGUGAAGAGUUGUCUUUCUUCAGUAAGGGUAGAUUCGUAUCUCAUGGGCAGCCUGUGAGUUAAAGAGAGAAUGACGGUUUUUUUUUGGUCUUUUUUUGUUUUUUGUUUUUAUAACAAUACUGGAAUGUUAAUUGCCCGUUGAUAUGUUAAUAACUGAGUUUUAUGCAGUAUUUUGUAAUGUUGAGAUAAACAAAA